CGGGGCUAUCGACAGAUUCUGUGGUGGGGGAGCCCGAGGCUGUGCAGCCCCCAGUAGGUAGGAGGGACCGCGGUGCCGAGAUCUUCGGAAGGAUAAAGAGUGAUGACCACUCCAGCGGGAUCGGGCAUGGGCUUCGGCACCGUGUCCUGGUGGGGCCUGUCCCCGGCGCUGGACCUGCAAGCUGAAAGUCCUCCUGUGGACCAAGACUUCCGCGCUGAUACAGAGCAUGGCACCCCCGAGCUAGAUGUGCUGCUUCUGGGCUCCGUGGACGGGCGGCACCUGCUGCGGACACUGGCCCGGGCAGAGCUCUGGCCUUCUAGAAGGGUCAACUUCUAUGUGCUGGAGAACAAUAUGGAAGCCGUGGCCCGACACAUACUUAUCUUCUGUCUUGCCCUGGAAGAAACUGAGAAGAUGGGGCUGCAAGAGAGGACGGAGACCUUCCUGGAGGUGUGGGGGAACACGCUGCUGCGCGCCCCGGUGGCCGCCUUCGUGCGCGCCCAGGCCGCGCGCCUGGGUUACCUGGUCCCGGAGCCCGACCGCCUGGCGGAGCAGAUGCCCUGGCUCGUCCUGGGCGCCCUCAAGGUGCCGCCGCCCGUCCCGUCCGGUCUCUGCCCGGGAGCCGGGGGAGGGUGGGAACGCGAGAGCCCAGGGUUUGCCCGGCAGGCAGGAGGCGGAGAUCGGGAACCGGGACCCCAGCUCCCCCUUCGCUCCGGCCUGACCCGAGAUGGCCUCUCCUCUCGGGGGCGUCGUUACCACGCCGUGAUCUCCCCUUGCCCGGCCCCGCAGUUCCGCGAGCGCGACGCCCUGGAGGCGGUGUUCCGCUUCUGGGCCGGCGGGGAGAAGGGGCCCGAGGCCUUCCCCAUGAGUCGCCUCUGGGACUCCCGACUGCGCCACUACCUGGGCUCUCGCUACGACUCCCGGCGCGGCGUCAGCGACUGGGACCUGCAUAUGAAGCUGCACGAGCGCGGAGCUCGAGUCAUCCACACCCGUGAGUACCGUCACUGGAGGGACACAGGUGUCGCCUUUGAACUCAGAGACUCUGGCGCCUAUCUUAUGCCCAACCGGACCCUGGCAUCUGGCCACCUCAUGAGCUAUCGGGGAGAGCGCGUGGCCGCGCGCGGAUACUGGGGGGACAUUGUCACGGGCCCCUUCGUGGCCUUUGGCAUUGAAGCAGAUGACCAGAGCCUCUUGCAGACCAGCAAUGGGCAGCCUGUAAAGACUGCGGGUGAGAUAACCCAACACAACGUGAUGGAGCUGUUCCGCGCCGUGAGCGGUCGGGAAUGCCCAAGAGCUACCCAGGGGGACCCUGAGCAGGAGUGUGGAGCAGGGGACCCUGGCCCGGUGCCAGCCUGCCCUCCAGAGCCCUUCACCAUUCACUUCCUGCCCCUGGGUUCAGCCCAGUCCCUCCAUCUCAAGACCUGCUACCAGGGCCGCUUCCAGCUUCUCUACGUGGCCUGUGGGAUGGUCCACCAUCUUACCCCUGAGCUCGGGGUCUGCGUGGCCCCUGGAGGACGUCUGGUUGUGGAAUUAGCCCAAUACAUGGUGGACCUGCGGCAGGAGCAGCUGAAGGCAUUCUCUGCCCGGGUCACGGAGCUGGCGGAGGCAGCAGGAUUCACUGCACAGCUUGGCACCACGCCCUCGAAGGCAUUCGCCCGUUUCUACAAGACUGGGGGCUCAGCUUUGGACGGAAUCUUCCAGGAUCCACCCUCAGAUGCCCUGGCCCCACCCGCUAAAGCUCUGGCCCCAGCCUCAGAAAUCCUGGUCCCAGCCCCAGACGCUCUGGCCCCACCCCCAGAAGUCCUAGUCCCAGCCCCAGAAGCUCUGGCCCCACCCCCAGAAGCUCUGGCCCCAUCCUCUGGCGCUCUGGCCUCAACCCCUGGGGGGCCGGCCCAGUCUCCUGCGAGCUAGGCUUCACCUUCUGAGGUUUGGCUUCGCUCACAGGGAGUCUGACCUUCAUACCAGAGAGCCUGACAGGAGCCCCAGAGACCAAGGGCCCCCUCUUAUAGCUUCUAACGUCAGACCCUGGAAAUAGACCCCCUCCCACAAUUCUGAACCCACCUGUGGGAUUCUCAGCCUUACUCUCCACAAUCGCAUUGGGCCCCAGACCACCUCGGGCUAGCACCCACGUGGCCCAAGUAAAGCGAGCGGACCUCUCCUGUGUCUCUGCGUCUUUUGUCUUUUGUUGGAGGGAGGACAUGCUCAGCAGAGCUCUGCUUAGGAGUGACCCCUGGCUGUGCCCAGGAGACCAUCUGUGGUGCCAAGGACUCAAGCCACUGCAGUUGUAUGAUGCUAGCGCCUUACCCCACACGAUGCCCUGGCCCUCAUGUCCAAGUGUCUUUCCUGGUCUCCAGGGCUGGAGGAGGAUUGGGCAGAAGAGGCCAGGGGAGGUGGCCACCAGUCUUCUGGGUUCCUAUGACCACCCCCACCUGGUCCUUCAACGAAGUCAGUGGCUGACAGAUUUUGGGGUGCUGGAACUGACAGUUAGUAGAGAACAGAGACACAUACAGAGUGUGCUAUUUAGUGAGGGCAGGGUUCAUAUCUGGGGUCCGAGGGGUCGGAGUGCAGGGCUCCCCACCCAGGCCAGUGUUCCAGGCCUCUGGAGGGAGAACGAUCCAGCUGGAGCACAGCCCG